CUUUGUAAUGACUUCAAAAUGCUCAUGUCCAAUGACUUAACGUAAGCUCUGAUCUCACACGGUCGCAUAUAUAAAACUAUCUUCACCUCCUCGGUGACAGCGACCACAAUCUUUUUUUUUUUUUAACACCCAGCGACCACAAUCUCUGAGUUCUCACCCUAUGGAUCCAACUGAACCUCAGCAAGUCAGAGGAUUGCGACACGUGGUAGCUAUGCCUUGGCCCGGAAGAGGCCACAUCAACCCCAUGAUGAACCUCUGCAAACGCCUCGUCCUCCGAGACCCUACACUCAUCGUCACAUUCGUCAUCACUGAAGAAUGGCUCGGGUUCAUCGGAUCAGAUCCGAAACCCGACCGGAUCCAUUUCGCUACUCUCCCAAAUCUCAUCCCUUCCGAGCUCGUCCGUGCCGACAACUUCAACGACUUCGUCGACGCCGUCCACAACAUAUUAGAGGAGCCGUUCGAGCGGCUUCUUGACCGCCUCAAGUCUCCUCCUCCGACGGUGAUAAUCUCCGACACAUACGUCGUAUGGGCAGUGCGUGUCGGGGAACGAAGGAAUAUUCCGGUGGUUUCUUUCUGGACUAUGUCGGCCACGAUUCUCUCCCUCAUCCUUCACUCCGAUCUUCUCAUAAGUCACAACCAUGCUCUGUUCGAACCAUCAGAAGCAAAAGAAGAGGAGAUUGUAGGUUACAUACCCGGUCUAUCUCCGACCAAACUCCGAGAUCUUCCGCCACUGUUCAACAGUAACAUCCUCCAAGUCUUCAAGAAAAGCAAGUUAUGUUUCGAUGAGCUUCCCAGAGCUAAGUGCCUUCUCUUCACUACGGCCUAUGAGCUCGAGCCUAAAGCCAUUGACGUUUUCACCUCCAUGUUCGACAUCCCGGUUUACGCUACUGGUCCUUUGAUACCAUUCCAAGAACUCUCCGUUGAAAACAAACGUAGCAAACCUGAUUACAUCAGGUGGCUUGAUGGGCAAGCGAAAAGUUCUGUGCUCUACAUAUCUCAAGGGAGUUUCCUUUCAGUCUCGGAGGCUCAGAUGGAGGAGAUAGUGGGAGGAGUGAGAGAGAGUGGAGUUCCGUUUCUCUGGGUGGCUCGUGGGGGAGAGUCGAAGAUGAAGGAGGCUCUUGAAGGUAGCUCGGGGUUUGUGGUGAGCUGGUGUGAUCAGCUGCAUGUGCUGUGCCAUGCAGCUCUGGGUGGGUUUUGGACGCAUUGCGGGUUUAACUCGACUUUGGAAGGGAUUGAUAAGCUCAGGGGUUAAGCUUACCUGUGUAGAACAGAAAUGGGAGAAGAUAGAGGAAGAGCAAGGGGAGAAGAGAAUUGAGAGAGGAAUAAAUUAGGGUUUAAACCCAGUUUUGAUUAUGAUCGUAAUUCGAUACCUUUCUCUGGUAUAUGUUUUUGAGUACAUAUAGUAGUGUAAAAGGCUUAGACAGUAAAUAAAAAAAUAAAGUAAACGAAGCCCAAUUGUUGGCCCAUC